AUGUUGAUACUUGCGGCAGGCUUGCAGCGGUAUGAGCUGGUCGCCGCAAGUGACUUACAGACUUUCGACGGCUCGGCCCCGCCCCCGCAGCUCAGGACCGUUGGUGGAGAGAAGCUCAUAGUGCACCGCCGCGGCAACCUCGUGAUCAUAUCCGGCUGCAUCACCACCGUGUGCGGGACCUGCAGGAAUCUCGAGCUGCGGAUGUUGCAGAUGUUGCAGAUGCCAGGCGUCCAGAACCUCUUUGACUGGGAGUUGGGUGGCUUUGAGAUUGUUUUCUCCGACUUUGCACAUCACGAGUUGCGGACACAGUGGAAGCACAUGGUGCCCUAUCACAGCAACCCGCAGCGGUACGUCCCCUUCGUGGCGCCCACUGCCAUGUCGCGCUAUGAAGGCAUCAAGCAGUGUGGAACUAGCUCCACAUUGCGAGAUGAUGGCCGGCUCAUGAUCAACUUCAACAAGAACACGAAUCCCAUGGUGCUGCACUUCUCGGGGCUGGUCUACAACAUCCGAGGUGAGGCGGAGGAGGAGAUCGACAUCUUCGCAAGAGAGCGCCGUAAGCAAGCCAAGGAUGUGAAGGACGUCACUGGCAAGGGCAAAGGCAAGGGAAAGGACGACGACAUGUCGCCCACUCGGCGCCAGGAUUUACGGGCAUCGCCACAGGACCCUCCGGGACUGCAGAGGGAGAAUGGCAUUGUGACACUUCAGGGCUCACUGCUUGAAGCGACCUACGGCUUCUCCGACCUCAUGGUCGGCACUCUGCCAGAGGGCUAUUGGCCGAAGCGAGAGAUCCGCUGCCUCGCGCCCUUGCUCCGCAUGCCAAAGCAGGAUGAUUUCGCAUGCUGUCCUAUUGCGGAUCAGAGCAUAGCGAUGACCAUCAAGCCUGACGGGAACAUUUACGUUCAAGGCGGAAACCAGCAUGCUGUCGACCAGAAAGGCCUCAUGCGAGUGCUGCCGCAGAGGAAGCGAGGAAUCUUGAGCUUUGAUGGUUUGCGCUUCUCCCAAGCCAACAACGGGCUACCGGGAUGCAGAUUAAUUAGGGACUUUUUAGCGGUGGUGCAAGUGGCGGUGGCACUUGCUGUUCUGUAA